AUGGAUUUCAAUAUGGGAGAUCACAUUUCACCACAGUCUCACUACGAACGCGAGCGACAGCAGCAAAUACUUAUUCAAGUACAAGCGCUGCACAACCAAAUCGGUCACAAGCUGUUCACCCUCGAAGUUGUUUCCAGCAUCCACCACCAAUUGUUCAAUGCAACCUCCUCUAACAACACCAACAACGAAGUACUCGACAGAUACAUGAGAUCACUUGUAAGAGGAACAGAACAUCGACUCCGCAACGAACUGCAAAUCUUCAACUCCGCAGGUCAAGUCUCCAGCUACUUCGUCCACAACCAGCAACUCGAUACCUUUACUGCAGAUGAGCUGUCAGAGGUUGUCAAAGAGUGGGCAAUGGUUUCUAGGGGAUCCUUUGCUGUUACAACUGUUGCAAAGGAGGAAAUGGCAUUCCAGUUACUGAGCAGAUUCGACAUAUUUAGAAUGACGGGACGAUUUGAGACUUGGACACAGCAGAACUUGAGAGAUUUCCGCUGUUCCUUGCGACGAGAAGAAACUGCCCAGGAGAAGAUGGAGAGACAAAUCGAAGAAGACGUUACCAAAGUAAGCGCUGAGCAGCAGUUAGUUUCGUCGCCAAUCGUCCAGUGUUGUAAGAUGGGCGGAAAGAGAAAGUUGAGUGCUGCGUCGGACGAAUGUCCUGAACCAAAGCGAGUGAGGGAGUUCAAUGACCUGUAUGAUGCAAGCCCCAAACGAAAGCUUCAACCGCAAGCAACUGUUGAAAGUAUUGAGAAUGCUGAGACGGAUGAUAUGGAUUUGAGUUAA